GAGACAUUAGCGGAAGUUGUCAGUCACGGAUAAAUAGGCAGGGAAACGUGGUGGUGUGUAUCAGAGAGUACGGAGAAAGGCAGGAAGACUGUCGAUCGUGUUGCUGGUACAGAUCGAGUAGCGACAAAGACCACCACCUCCCUCAGUGCUGCUUUGUAACACCCGCUGACUAGGAAGUAAAGUCGAGGAGCUCAGAGUUAACACCAGAGUGCGAUACGAGUGUCGGGACUCAUCCAUGCUUGUGUUCAGACGUGGUUACGAGAGGACGUGCUUAGGAACGACAACUCCGGCAAGACCAAGGGUGGGGUCCGAGACCAUAAAGAAAAUCUGCCAACACUCCACAAGAGUCUCCCAGACAUCAUGUCCCUCCUUUAUAUCUCCAUCUUAUGGCUCUGUGCCUGUGUGGACAGUGCAGAGCCUGAUGUUACUGUAUCAGCUCAAGUGGGUUCCACAGUCAUCCUGCCAUGUAACCUGACUGAAGAGUUCAAACCAACAUCAGUUAUUAGGUGGCAGUUCAAUUUUAAAACUGUGUUUGAGAGAAGCGGUAAUGUUACAGAUCCAGGACCAGGAUAUAAAGGACGUGUGGAUGUUCCUGUGGACAAGCUGCGUAAAGGAAACUGUUCCCUGGUGUUGAAGAACAUCAGAUUUACUGAUACAGGAAUAUACAAUUCCUUUACAAUGGAACAUGUGGACACUAACAAGGACAAAAUGAAAGAAAUUAACAGAGUUAGUCUCUCAGUCGAUGCUCUUCAGAUUUCAGCUCCAGUGGGUUCCACAGCUGUCCUGCCGUGUGAUUGGAGUCAUCUGUCCAACAAAACUCCUCACGUUAAGUGGUUUACUGAUACUGAGACUGUGUUUGAGCGAAAGGGGAAAGAGAUCAAUCAGAGUGAAGGACAUAAGGGUCGUGUGGACGUUCCUGAGGACGAGCUGCUUAAAGGAAACUGUUCCCUGGUGAUGAACAUCAGUGUUAAUGAUACAGGAAACUACAGCAGCUCCAUGUUAAUUACAGACACACAGGAAUCUGUCUUGGUCCAGAAGGUUAAUCUGUCAGUUGUUGAGGGCAGCGUUAAUGCGAGCGGAUCUUCAUCAAAGGAUUCAGACUCACACCAGACUGGAGAGAGAAACAGGAUUAUUUUAUAUGUUGUGAUCGUAAUCAUCAUCAUCUGUGUGUCUGUGUACUACGGCAGUGUGAAAGUAUCUUCAUGUCUCAGACGUGUCACCGACUCCACUGAACAGGACAGAAACAACACAACGACUGUCAGUGUGCUGUACACAACAGUCGCCACACAACCGCAGACAUAAUGACCAACACAAGAUGGUCUGCUACGAUCCUGACUGCCGUUAGAGACGUUUCUCAGAUCAUCAGCAGCAGUUUUUCAUGAGUGUCUGUAACUUAGCCAACAGUCUUACAGCCGGGUCACUGACAACACCUGCUCAGGACAUGUAGUCUAGUGCCAGUGGUUCUCAAACUGGGGGCCCUGAGAUGGUGCCAGCGGGCCCCGGGUCAGAACAAGCAAUCUAAUUUUACAUUGUGCUUAUUUUAUAAUCUAUUUUUGUUGUUUUAUUUGCUUUUGUAAAGUGCUUUGAGAUGUACUUGUAAAGGUGCUAUAGAGAAUACAGGUUAUUAUUCUUCUCAAACUGGGGGCCCUGAGAUGGUGCCAGAAAACAUCUGAGUAAUAGUGGCCCCUGGUUCCUUUUUUCCAAAUGUGACUGGAUCGAACCAAUUUGGGAGGCUAUUAAAGAUCGCAGCCUUGGUUUAAGUGCUUGUACAUUCUAACUGUGAACAGCAGUCAUUUUUACAUUUACAUUUUUAUUUGUUGUUUUAUUUUGCUGUGUUUUGUUGUGUUUUUUUGCAGCAGUGGACACAGAAUGUACAAUGGCUGAAGUCAUGUGUUGGAACCUUAUAGUUGAGGAGGAAUCAGGGUUCAGCUACUCAGUAAUAUAAACUAAUAUUGUGUAGUGUUACUGAGGUUUUAUUACAGGGGAGGUCUGUGUGUGUGUGUGUGUGUGUGUGUGUGUGUGUGUGUGUGUCUGUCUGUGUGUGUGUGUGUGUGUGUCUGUCUGUGUGUGUGUCUGUGUGUGUGUGUGUGUGU